CCGAGGAGGAGACGGACUUGGAAAAUCCAGCUCGUCCUACACGGAUUAACUGUAGUUUUGCCCGAUUAUUCUGCAAUAAAACACGGUUUUCGCUCCUUGUAUUGAGUUCGUUCGACGGAAGCGGUUGUUUGGCCCACUUUGAAGGAGCGUUACACUCCGAUUGGAGCCCUUUAAUCGGUUGUGUCCCUGCUGGAUCGACCGGAGCUGGCUGUGGUUGUGGCCGGGCAGCCCCGUCGGACUGUCGGGCGAAGCGCAAGGAUUUAAACGUCAAAAACUGUUUUUAAACCCACCAUUUUAAAAUCGAAGACUACGAAGUGGUGUUUUUAAGAAAGAAAGAAGUCAUAUUUUACGGCUAUGUUCCGGAGAUCGCCGGGGAGAAGUUUGAUUAAGCACCCGAGUGCGCUUGGUGUGGAGUCCGAUGGAUGUUAGCCCUGCCCGGCUGUGGCUCGGCUCUCUGCGCCGCUCUUCUGAAGGCUCAGUUUGUCUGCCCAUAAUGCUGCUGCUGACCUCGCAAGUGUAUGAAAACACUGGCACUGGUGCCGCCAAGUCGCCCUCCAUUGCUUCGCUGUAAAACCUGGAAAUACCACCCAGCAUUCCCUUCUCCUCUUCUCCUGUUUUUGGGACUUGUAAACUGGAAUAUUUAGGAUUUAGCCUCCAUUUAUUUUCUUUAAAUAUGAACAUUUUCCAGAGACUGUUCUCCUUUGGGGAGCAAGACAUUCAAUUUUAAUCGUUUUUGAGAAUAUUUUUACUCAUUUUUGUGGAAUUUGAGCUUUUAUAAAAAAACAUUCUUUUUGUGGACACAUUCGGAUGGAAAAUGGGAGACGCUACAAAACUGGCCAUAGCCGUUUUCCUCAUCUCCUGCUCUUCAGGUGCCAUUCUGGGACGCUCGGAGACGCAGGAAUGUGUCCUCUUCAGCUCCAGCUGGGAGAAGGACCGAAGCAACCACACCGGCACCGAGGACUGCAUCGGCGAAAAGGACAAGCGGCGGCACUGCUUCGCCACAUGGAAGAACGUCUCGGGCACCAUUGAGAUCAUCAAGCAGGGCUGCUGGCUGGACGAUAUGAACUGCUACGACAGCUACGAGUGUGUGGAGAGGAAGGUGAGCCCUGAGGUUUUCUUCUGCUGCUGUGAAGGCAACAUGUGCAACGAGAGGUUCAUGUACGUCCCGGACACGCAGCCGCAGAACGACACCAGCCACUCCACCGCCUACACCACAUCCAACCCGUUCUCCCCGAAGCCGACGCUGUUCAGCACGCUGCUGUACUCCCUGGUCCCCAUCAUCGGCCUGGCCGGCGUCGUCCUCUUCUCCUUCUGGAUGUGGAGGCACCACAAGCUGGCCUACCCUGCUGCCCUCGUCCCCACGCAUCACGCCUUUCAUAUUAUGGUGGAGGAUCCAGGACCUUCGCCUCCCUCCCCGAUCCUGGGUCAGAAGCCGCUGCAGCUCAUCGAGAUGAAAGCCAGGGGGCGCUUCGGCUGCGUCUGGAAGGCCCAGCUGCUAAACGAAUACGUGGCGGUGAAGAUCUUCCCCAUCCAGGACAAACUCUCCUGGCAGAACGAGUACGAGAUCUACAGCGUGUGUGGCAUGAAGCACGACAACGUGCUGCAGUUCAUCGGCGUGGAGAAGAGGAACAACAACCUGGACCUGGAGCUGUGGCUCAUCACCGCCUACCACGACAAGGGCUCCCUGACUGACUACCUGAAGGCCAACGUCGUGUCCUGGAAUGAGCUGUGCCAUAUAGCCCAGUCGGCGGCCCGCGGCCUGGCCUACCUGCACGAAGACAUCCCUGGACACAAAGACGGACACAAGCCGUCCAUCGCUCACAGGGAUAUUAAGAGUAAGAAUGUUCUGCUGAAGAACAACCUGACAGCUUGCGUUGCUGACUUUGGCCUGGCUCUGAAGUUUGAGGCUGGAAAAUCGGCAGGAGACACACACGGACAGGUUGGAACCCGACGCUACAUGGCUCCUGAAGUCCUGGAAGGCGCCAUCAACUUCCAGCGCGACUCCUUCCUGCGCAUCGACAUGUACGCCUUCGGCCUGGUCCUGUGGGAGCUGGCGUCUCGGUGCACAGCCGCAGACGGCCCUGUGGAUGAGUACAUGCUGCCGUUCGAGGAGGAGGUGGGCCAGCACCCGUCUCUGGAGGACAUGCAGGAAGUGGUCGUCCACAAGAAGCUGCGGCCCUGCCUGCGAGACUGCUGGCAGAAACACACGGGCCUGUCCAUGCUGUGUGAAACCAUCGAGGACUGCUGGGACCACGAGGCCGAGGCGCGCCUGUCCGCAGGCUGCGUGGAGGAGCGCAUCAGCCAGAUGCAGCGCCAGGCGCCCGUCAUCGGCCCCGAGGAGAUCGUCACUGUGGUCACCAUGGUGACGAACGUUGACCUCCCGCCCAAGGAGUCCAGCUUAUGAUCGGCUAGUCGACCCAGAGGGGGAGCAAACGUCCGACCCUGGUUGGUCGACUUCCUGUCCUCCCCCUCCUCUUUUGCUUUUUAAUUUUUUUUACGUUUGUCUUCUUCUUUGGUUCCUCACCGCAUCGAGUCGAGAUCCACCUCAUUUUGAUACGUGUGCCUGAGGAUUUUCCGUUUCUUUUUUCUCCUUCCACCAAGCGGGACGAUGGCGCUUGAAGGGGAAAAAAAAACAAAACAAAAAAACGAUUAUAAACCCGCUGGUUUGAUCAUGUAUUGUUUUUCUAUCCACACGCGAGACGAACUCGCAGAAACCUCACUGAACUCUCAGCGCAUUUUAGUGUUAAAAACCAGAAGAAGAAAAAAAAAACAAGAAGCUGUUCUUCUGAAACGACGAUCGUUCUGCCAACAAAGCAAUGGCUUCUGAAUGUUUAUAGUGUAAUGCUGCUGUACAUAGUGAAUCACGGAGCCAGACCACCUGGUAAUCAUCUUCACGGGGGAGGAGGGUCCAUUUCCAAACCAUACGCCUCCAGCUAUACCUCAGUUCAGACGCUCACAGUUUCACCCUUCCUGCUCCCUUUGGUUUCAACUUGUUGCUAAAUCAAUAAGUAGAGUUGAGAACUGGAUAUUUGUUGUUUUUAUUCUUCUUUCAAACGAGCCGCUCAGUAUUCGCCAGCUUGCUUCUGAUCCGGUUGUUUGGUUACUCUCUUUUUGAUACACCUCAGGAAUCUUUGCUACUCAAUUUAGUUUCUCUCAUUCAAAACUCCGCUUUUCCCUUCAGACCUGCAAGGUUCCCAACUUCUGGGAACCUUGUAGACGCAGCCAGUGGAGCCCCUCCCCCCACUUCCUCCUCCAUCCUGGUGCCAUUUCUUACCUGUCUGUAUUAGUUACUCUCGUCGAUGUCAGGCCAAACGGAUGUACAAGACGUUUUUGAGGGACGUUGAUCACUGGUGCCGGCAUACCUGCAGUCUCCUCAAGCUUUGGGGCGGUUUCACGGGACGCAGUUUGACUAAAACAGAGUGAAACAUGAGGAAACUUCUUCCAGAGGAGAAGGAAAAAACCCAAACACAUCAAUAAAUGCAGUUAUAGACACCAGUUUUCCACAUAACACGGGUAUAAAUGCCACUAACUUUGGGCUUUUAACUCUCUGAGUCUUACAUUUUAAAUCUCCACCUGGAUAUUUUUCCAUAUUUUAAUUGUACAAAGUCCUGAGUAAAUAUAUUUGUCCAUUUAUCCAUAACAACUGGAACUAACUUUAAAAUCCAGCAGUUAUUUUCCCAAUUUGCCGUCUAUUAAAAGAUUGUUUCAUCAGAUUAAUUUCACUUCCUGCUACAUGGGGGUGAAAUUACCGUAAUAACUCAAUAUUGGCUGUAAAGCGCAACAACUUUUCAGAUAGUGCAAAGUGUCGUGCAAUUACACAUCUUAAGGAUUAUUUAACCCUUAACUAAUUACUAGUUAUUUAUUCAAAAAUAUAUAAACACACCAAACUUUUAAAUGGCAAAUUCAAACUCCAAAAUUAAUGAAAUGAUAACAGUUAGUUAAAUUUAGUUGGGCUUUUUUUGUGUGUGAAAUUUUAAUAUAAUUAAAGAUCCAAAACAUGAAUUGGGGCCUUCAUGGGGUUUUUUAUAUUCUUGGCCAAAUUGCUACCAUUUGGGCAGCAAAAUCAUUUCAAGGGCAACAAAUUGCCCCUGGGCCACAUAUUGGACACCGGUAUCAAAAUCUGGGUCAAAAAAAUGAUUUUACUUGCAUAACAAUUACAUAAACUGCAAAACUUUAAUUUAACAAAUAAAGUAGCUGUAUUUGUUGUUCUAGAACAGAGGUCGGCAACCCAACAUGUUGAAAGAGCCAUAUUGGACCCAAAAAAACGAAAAACAAAUCUGUUUGGAGCCGCAAAAAAGUAAAAGCCUUAUAUAAGGCUUACAAUGAAGGCAAAACAGGCUCUAGGUGUUUACAUUAGCGUAUUAUCAAAAUGACUAAGUGUAUACAUAAUUAGUAUUCAUGAUUAAAUGUUUAUUUUUCCUGUAGUGCGUCCUGGAAGGAAUAACGCACCACGUGACUCUUCUGUUAUACGAUGGUGCUUUAAGUUUACCUUCUGUUAUAAUAUGAAUGCAUUUACAAAAUUAAAGAAACGCAAUAAAGAAAUCAGAUUUUUAUAUCAUUUUUAUUAUGAGGAGCGACAGGGAAAGUGUCAUUUUUUCCCUUUUAGGAACAUGGAAAAUCUGCCCCCUAAAUGCAGUUUGCAUAACGACGAUCGCUCUUUGUGAAUAAUUACCGUUAAGCUUUUGAUCAAAAAAACAACAAAUGGAGUGUAAUAAAACGGCAGCCCUUUGAAAACGUAAAGUACAUAAAAUUAAGAGUUUAAGUUCAAUUUCUGUGCAAAUGCCAAGCAAGUCAGUGCAACAGUAACACAAAGCAGCCAUGAGCAACCCGACCUGAGCAACGAUACAAAACAAUAUCGCUAAGUGUCAUUCUAAAUGACACUUCUUAUUUAUGUAAAUUCGUAGAUUCGGCUGAGCAACUUUUCCUUGAACAUAGAUGUAUUUACAUCCUCACUAAGAUCCGUAACUCAAAAGCCCAAAAUUAAUGACAUUAUCCUUAUGAGUUUAUGCAAACUUCCGCUUUAAAUUCAGUAAAACUCCAGAAACGAGAGCUUGAGAUAAACCUGCGCACGGUUUUCUUGCAACAACAACACAGCAAACCUGAAGGAAGACAAAGCCAUCAUAUUAUUUCCACUCUGUAGCACGAGAACAGCGUCUGUUGCUUCCUUUCUGCUGCUGCUGCCGUUUCCAACGCAGCUCUUCUCAAAGGUCAGGGACGAGAAAACGAAACCUCCAGCAGCCCUUCAAUAAGCACUACCUCACUCGCAGGGAUUAAUUUUGGGGUAGAAGAGUGGCAAACGAACCAAAAUCAGGAAGAAAUCAAAACGAGGAUUGUAAGCUUCUGUUGAAGUUGGAAAGAAGUUUCCUCAUUUCCACACAUUUAACUCAGAAAAUCCCGGUAUUUGGGUCCUCAAAUGGAAAAAUUCAAGCAGUGUUUGAGCCCAUUUGGAUAUUUAACAGCUGUAAUAAAAGAUCAACUUCAACUGCGAUCAGGAAACCGACCCCAGCCGAUAAACACCAUUCAGGGAUUCAGUACUAUGCUUUUCUAAGUUCUAGUGAGUUUAUAUGCAACCAGUGCCGCAAACUUUGCCCUACACCUCUGUAGGAUCUGCUGCAGGAGUGGCUUUCAAUACACACACACAAAUACCUUGUAGCAUUUUAGUUUUUUUUUUUUUUUUUAAAUCCGUGACCUUGCAUAUUGAUAUGUCGUAUUUAUUUUUUUGAUUUUUUUUUUUUUUCUGGCCUGAGGUUUCGGGGAUCAGAGCUCAGGUGCGACUCCAGAUAAAGUCAUACGGAGUUGGCACGUUUUGCGGUUGUUUGUCGUCGUUAUUACGGGGUUGUGGGCGGGUUCUAAUUCAGGAAAUAUUUUCAUUAAUUCAAAAAGACAGUAGAAAUAAACUGUAACAUGCUUCUUUCUAUUCACUCUAUGGACAAACGACCGAAAAUGAAUGUUCUACAGACUCCUGGAUUCUAUAUAAAUAUAUAUAUAUAUAUAUAUAAAUAUAAAUAUAUAUAUAAAGUGUGUACUUUGAUGGAUUGAGCCCGGCCCUGUGUAACUGUAGAGGGCCUCGCAUUCGGCUGGUGUCGUGUGAUUGUGCCCUGUCCUGUAGAAAAUGGUAAAAGCAACACGUUUGGGUAUUCAUUUAUGCACCAAACAAUUCAGUUUAUUAACAACAAAUCCAGUUUCUGUUCACCAAUGCCCCUCAAAAGAAAAACUUGUUUGCCAUUUUGCCAACCGUUGUCUCCCCUCAGGUUUGGUUAAAUCUGCCACAUGAAGGUGUAUGAAUGGGUUUCUGAGCAUGCAGGCUUUUACAGUUUUCCACAGUGACCUUCUCCAGCCCAGCACCUCACUUUGCUCUGCGUAUAAACUUCCCGUGAAACAUUUGUGUCUUGUUGCCCCGCCCCCCAAGCCCCACUAUUUUAGGCAGCCUAGGAUCUGUACAGACAUAAAUACCCGUUCUUGACUAUAUACUCUGAGCUGAAUCUUUCUAAGUGCGUGUUGAACUUCAGUGUUUCCUCUACAUUCACUUUGUGUGUGAAAGUCGCCCGUUACUAUGAUAAAAAAAGAAAAAAAUUCUUUAAAAAUAGCUCAAGUUUGUGAAGCACUCGAAUGAAAAGAAAAUCAUCAACAUCAAACCUGAGGCGUUCCUCAGGGAAGCUGUUUAGUUACCCUAACUUUUGUUCUUAAAGAGCCAUUGCAAUACUUCCUAAUGUGAAAUUACAAUCAUCUACCAUGAGUAUUUCCAGGGUUCCUACACAGUAAAACAAUUCGGUGUGGAAAAAGCAUUUUUCUCCUAUUUUCUGGUAUUUCUGUCAUGAUGCUGGGUUGAAGUUAGCAAACUAACUCAUUAUAUUCUCAGCACAGUAAAAUAAUUAAGUACCAAUAUUCACGUCUUAUCGUCUGGACAUAAGAAAAUUAAACAUCUUAUAACAUAAGUUUAAAAAAUGGCAUAAAAAUAAGCACAAGACCAAACUGUAUCCAUAAUACAAUAAUUGAACUGUUACCAAAAAAAACAAAAACAAUUGCUCAUUGUUUUGAUAUAAAACACAUCUUUUAAGAUAAGGAAAUAAUUGGAAAUAAUAAAGCUGGCAAUCUGAAUAUCUCAAAAUAAUUCAAUAGCAUAAGUCUUAAUAAGAGCUGCAGUAAUUAAUGUAAGCUCCUGUCAUCUCAAGAAAGUGAAACCAAUAAGAAAAUGUUUUUAAUGUGCUGACAUGAUGGAAUAAUUAAGCUAUUAUUACAAGACAAGCUUAUUUUUUCAAAUAUUUACUUUGAAAUAAUUAAAAAGAAAAGGAAUGGUAAUAAAGGACUCCAUAUAAAGAUAAUAAAAUAGAAUAAAAUAAAAUUUAUUUGAUAUGAAAGAAUUAAAUCUUGAAUUAAACAGCUGGAGAUCUUAAGAUAUUAAAAUGACACAACAAUGCAAAACAAUUUUACAUUUUAAAGUUGAAAAUGUUUGUUACUAUGAUUAAAACGGCAAACAAAAUAAAAUUACCGGUAUGUCUUAUUUUGAAGUCAGACAAAACAAGCUCAAGUUUUAAAGCAAGACAGAAAUUUAAUUAUCUUAAGAUGAACACCAAACUCUAAAAUGUUGGCUUGAAUGAUAAAGCAGCUUUAGUUCUUAUUUUGAAGUGAGAAAAUGAAAUUAAGUUAAACAAAACAAGUUAAAUAUCUUAUCACAAUGAUACCACCUUAACUUUUAUGCUUAUUUGGUAAAAUAAUACUGAAUUUUGAGACGUAAGCUGUGUAGGAGCUCGGUUUCAUUCUGCAUUGAUCUCCUGUUUUCCCCCAACUGUUGGAAAGGAUUUUAGAGGAAACAUUGAACCUCGGUGACUAGAGAAACACAAACACUACAGCUGUUUUUCACCCCACAUUUCUCCAGACUCCGAAGUGGCAGCGCUGAUCUGAGAUCUGCUGGUACUGUCUCUAACGAUGGCGACAGAGGGUUUCUGAAGCUCAAACCAAUGAGCAAAUUAAUUUUUGUUAUUUUUUUUAACUGUGACUGUAAAUUUCAUGUUUCAAAAAUAAUGUGAAGAUAGAAAGCUAUCUGGAUUGUUGAGAAGGAGAGAAAAGUAUUAGAGCAGCAUACAAACCCUGGAAACAUCAGAGAGAAGACAACUGAUCUCUGAUCAGCGCUGUGGCUCUCCGCCGACGUUAACAUGGUUUUUAUCAGCUGAAGUGAUCCACGUGAUGUAAAUAAAUGUGUUUUUAGAUUGUGAA